AUGGACGUCUUCGUCUCGGGAAGCAACAACUCCGGCGAACUAGGCAUCGGGAACCGGACCGAGUCUCUCGCGCAGCCAAUUCUCAGCACGACCUUGAAUGCAGAGGAUGUGGGGGUCGUGCAACUGGUGACGCGAGGACGUCACUGCGCCGCACUCACGCACGAUAACAAGAUCCUCACUUGGGGUGCCUGUGCGCAGGGCCAACUGGGUAGAAAAAUCGACCGUGGAGACGACCCCCGGCAGAAGUCGAAGAAUUCCUCUGCUGCGCUUCCCGGGGAAGUGGAUAGGAAGCAUUUCCCUCCUGAUACGGUGUUUGUGCAGCUGGCUGUGACUGAUCAUGCAACGUUUGUAUUGACGGAGGAUGGAUAUGUGUAUGGAUGGGGUGCUUUUAAGAACUCCAAAGGGGUUGAAGCCUUCACAGGCAAUAACCGACACCAAUUCUCCCCAAUGCUCAUUCCAGAACUACACGACGUCACGAAACUCGUCGCCGGAUCGCAGCACGUCCUCGCCCUCACAGCCAAGGGCAGCGUCUAUGCCUGGGGCAACACGGAGCGCAAGGCCCUCGGUCGACGCAUGCAGGGCCGAAUGAACAACGUGCCAUUCUGCUUCGUGCCCCGCGCAUGCGCGGUCCCCUUCGACGUGGUGAACAUCAGCGCCGGAGCGCACCACUCGUUCGCGAUCCGGCAAACCGGGGCCGUCUACUCGUGGGGCGCGAAUGAGUUCGGCCAAACCGGCGUCCCCCUGGAUAGCGAGGGUCCUCUGUUCGAUUCCAGCGACCAGGACGACAGCGGCUUCGUGGGCCUCCCCCGGGAGGUGUACAGCCUGCGCGGGCACCGGGUCUCCUCUGUUGCGGGUGGCAGACACCACAGUGUCGCGGUUACCGAGGACGGCCGGUGUCUCAGCUGGGGCCGCGUCGACACCGAGAUCCUAGGCAUUGAGUAUGAUGAUCUGCCCCAGGAGGAGGUCAUGAGGAUUGGAGACCACGGCGAGCAUUCCGUUCUCAUGACGCCGACGCUCGUCACCAAUAUCGACGGCAAGGUUUCCUUUGCGACUGCUGCGGACGAGCGCGCCGUCGUGGUGACAAGGAAGGGCCAGGCCUUUUCCUGGGGGGCUUCGGGGCAUGUACACGGAGACACUGUUGAGCUGCCGACUCUCAUGGCGGUUGAUGGGAAGCGGGUGGUCUCUGCGGCGGUGGGAGACCAGUACAGCAUUCUUCUCAGCGAGCAUACUGGAGCAUACACAGCGACUAAUUAG